AUGUCUGAGGAAACUGUUAAAAAUGAAAUAGAUCACAUCCUACUAGUAUACAGGAGGUCUGUUGUCGAAUUUUUGGGCAGAGAACGAUUUGUCAAUACACUCAUAGACAUUCUUACAUAUUUGUACAAUACUAGUAUCAAAGUCAUAUCAUUAUUUGAGCCUUCUGGAUUAGUUUAUGCGAUUAUCAAGGACAAUCUCACGCAGAAACUAUUAAAAUCAGGCUUCAAUGUCCACUCUUUAGAAGACCACUCAUUGACAUUUUCCAGGCAAAUUAAUGCACUGACCAACAAUUCAUCAGAUCAGUUAUCCAAGGAAUCUGCGCUGGGGAUUAAUGAAGAAUCACAAAUUUUUGUAUGUAAAAUAAACUAUCUUCAUGCUUCCUUCGCGCAUCUGGAACUAUUGACCCUCUGUCACACAUUUAAGGACACUAAAAAGACAGACAUCAAGAGGAAUGUAAAAAAGAAAUUACGAUCUAAAAAACGCAGGAUUCCGCCAAAAAAAUCAAUUCUACAACCUUGCAUUUCCAAAAAACUAUCGAUCUCAACGCCAAACAUCGUAAUAUGUAUACACUUGAGCCUUAAACAAAUAUUAUUCGCCUUUAAUAUACCUCUUUUACAGCGUUUAUACUGCUUAAAAUCACUCCUUGCCAACGCUACUGCCCCGUCUAAACGUUAUAUUUAUCCUUUUGGUCCAUCAGGAGUUCCGCCCUGGACAUUGUCUGAAGCAGAAAUUUACCAAGUUUUUGGAACUGCACCCGGAGUCAUUGAACAAUGCAUCCGCCUUUUUAUGCGGUGCAACAGGAGGAAUGGCAAAUAA